AUAGGUACAACAAAAUAGGUAUAAUAUUGUUCUUUACUGAUAGGAAAAACAAUGUAAACAUUGAAAACCGAAUACAGUUCAGAUUUCUUACGUGCUUGUUUAUUCAGUAUACAUUUCGGGCAUUUUGUUUUUGUACUUCUAAUAAUCGUUUGUGUUAGUUCAUUGACUUCAUUCGUAUUGUUUGUACUCGCUUAUUCAAUGCGUUUUUUCGUUCGGUCAUAUUACUGUAUAUUACUGUAAUAUACCCGGAGGAUAUAUUUUGAUUUUCGAUUUUCAAUAAUCCAAUAAUGGAAGUGGUCAACGAAAAUUUUCAUGAAAUGCUGCCGGAAAUCGAGCGGGCCAUCGACGAAGCCGUGUUCAUCGCUAUCGACGGAGAGUUCACCGGACUGCACAACGGCACUAUGGUCAGUGUGUUCGAUACAGCUGCUCAGUACUAUCAGAAACUCAGGGGAAACUGCAUGGACUUUUUAAUGGUGCAAUUCGGUCUUUGCGCGGUCAAGUAUGACACGGAAAACAAAAAAUUCACUUACAAAGCGUACAACUUUUAUACGUUUCCUAAGCCGAUGAGCCGUUACGCGCCAGACUGCAGGUUUCUUUGUCAGUCUUCCAGUAUGGAGUUCUUGAGCAACCACAAUUUCGACUUUAAUAAACUUUUCAAAAACGGUAUUCCAUUUCUCACGAUCCCCGACGAGAAAAUAUUACGUGACGAGUUACUCAAUCGUUACAAACAAAAUUGUUCACAAGGUCAAACACCGUCCAAGUCGGUCGAUAUUAUACCGAUACCAGAAAAUCACAAGGCGGAAAUAGAAACUGCAUGCGAAAGAGUGAAAGAACUUUUGGACGGCAACACAAAUUCAGAAGUGGUUGUUGCCGAAAAAACCAAUUCCUUUAUAAGAAAACUUAUUUAUCAAGAAGUUUAUCAAAGAUUUUCCGACAACAAAGUAAGUUUACAAACGAAAUCGAUAGAAGACAUGGGAAGCGUAAUGGUAGCUUACAAAGGCCGUUCAAAAGAGUUAAUGGCCAAAGAAAGGAUGGAGCGUGAAUUGGCCGAACUGGAAAAAGCAGUCGGUUUUUCGGCAGUAUUAAAAAAAAUUAAAAAUUCCAAUAAACCGAUAAUCGGUCACAACAUGACGCUGGACGUUUGCCAUAUGGUACAUCAGUUUUGUUUUCCGUUACCGGACGACUUUACGGAAUUUCAAGAAGUCGUCAAAGUCAUAUCUCCUUGCUAUUUGGAUACUAAAUAUAUCAGCGGAACAGAGCCGCUUCGAGAGUAUUUCAGCUCGACGGUGUUAAACGAUUUAAACAAAGUGUUAAGCGAACACAACUAUACCGUUUUAGAACCAGAAACACCAUCGACCAGUUACAGUGAAGACGUAGACAAGUCUCACGAAGCCGGCUACGAUGCAUAUUUGACGAGCUCUGUGUUUGUCAAUCUCUGCAAUUUAUUAGGCAAGGUGAAAAAGUUUGACGGUCAAGUACUACCCGAUUCUUCCUGUCUCAAGUCUUACAUGAACAAGCUAUUCAUGAUAAGAUACAACGAAGAUCCUUGUCUGAACUUGAGCGGAAAGGAACCUCAAUUGCAAAGAUCGCACGUCUAUCACAUCACGUUUCCGCAAGAAUGGAAAACUAUCGACAUUACCAACGUGUUUAGUCCUUUCACUAACGUGUUUAUCAAGUACAUAAACGACACAUCGGCUUGGGUGGCGUUGCGUGAUCCGACUCAAGCGAAACCGAUGAAUAAAAUCCUACCGAAGUUACAAGCUCUCCACAAGGACAUUGUGCUGGUGCCGUGGACGUCGUUGAACAAUGUCAAACAUUUGGCGGCCACAGCGUCCAAGAGAAAAAUUGACCAAUGCUCGUCGUCGCCGCCCAAAGACGACGUGGAUGCGACAACAAACAGCCACUCGACCGACCAAUCGCCGGAAAAAAUCCAGCGUGUCUCGAAAGGACGAAGAGUAUCGAAAGGAGGAAGUAUAAGUCCGAUAAUGGAAGCCGACGAGUCUGUCGAAGAAAUUGAAACCGACGUAUCUGCGGUGUCCAACGUUAGCUCGGCCACCUCUUACAGCAGUGCGGGGACAGCGACGCCGAGUUAUGCACAAACGUUGAAAAUGAACAAGUCUUCCGACACGGCCGAAAUCAAAACUAUUUUCCCGGUCGCUUCGUGGGAUUAAUAUCUCGAUAUUAUAAUACUAUAAUAAUAUUUUACUAACGUUGAUCUGUAAAUACAAAUAUAAUACGUUUAUAAA